AUGAACGAUAGCGAAAAUAACGUUUCAAAGAAUUCCGGCGUCACAGGAAACACAAAUACAUUCCAAUAUGAUUCAAGUCUCAGCAGUGCAGACAGACAUUUCAUAGAACAGCGAAACAUUAUACUUCAGGAUGUAAAUGGUACUAUGGAUUCUAUAUUGAACGGGUUGAAUGAACUGAAUAUAUCAUUGGAGAAUAAUAUAGCCGUUGGAAAAGAAUUUGAGGUUGUAACUAAACUCUGGAAAAACUUUUAUAAUGGAACCGAUUCUGUGACAGACGGCAGUGAUAGUGAGAAAGAAGAUAAAGAUGUGAAUAUGGAUUAG